AAUAAAAAAUUUCCAUGCCGUCCUCGAGUUGUUCAUUCCCCCAAGAUACCUGAACCAAUUCCACAAUUCGACCCAGAAGCAGGUCCAGGCCCAUCUACUCAAGCACAUAGAGAGGAGAUAUCACAAAUCAGAAAUCCUUCAGAUUCUAAUAAGGGCGGAGCCCCAUUGCGAAGCAAUAAUGAAUCGGAAAUUACUCAGGAGGAUAUCAAUUUACUUAUUGCAUUGGGUUUAAUAGAGGAACCCGAAAUCGAAGAAUGUUGGCCUGAGUUGGGAGGUACUCUUUUAGCGGACAAGGCAAAGAGCAAAAAAUUUAGGUCAUAUUAUAGAGAUUCAGGAUUAGCAAGUAUUACAGUUAAACCACCACCAGGCGAUAUACUCUUUGAAGAGGCUAUAGUCGGAGAUCCUGAUAGACCGCACUCAAGUUUAUCUUCAUUAAGUAAAUGGCAAGCAAUUGUCCCAUCAUGUGAAAAUCCCGCAUAUACUUUUAAUAUACCCAUAGAUGACCCCCAAAAAUAUGCUGAAGUCCCAUACAUGCCACAUCUUAUGGCAUUAGCUCGAGAGCAAAUUACAAGUGUACUAAAGGCUGAACUCCGACGAAAAGAUCAAAUAAAAUCCGCAUUAGUAGUAUACUGUAAUUAUAUGAAAAAGGAAAAGAAAGAUAAAGGGGAUUAUAAUAUAGAAAUUCCAAUUUAUCAUCAAAAAUAUCACAAUGGAAAGAUGCGAGCAAUUCUUUCAGAAAGUGAUAUAGAUGAGCAUAUUACUCUUUCAGCUGGAGAAAUUGAUGCAAAAAUAGAAGCGUUUUUAAACAACGGAUCAGGAUGGACACUAAUCCGAAUAGAAAUGAUAUAUAUUGAGGUUUAUGCAUUACGUCGAGCAGAAGGUGGAUCAUAUAUACCGACGCCAAAAAAUCUCGCAAAUAAAAAAUGUACCAUAAAUCCCGAUAAUUCUAAAACGAAGGAUGAUUUAUGUUUAAAGUAUGCCCUUGGCGCAUAUUUUGCUAAUUUUGAGGGAAUAACAAAAGACUUACAACGCCUCUCA